UUCUGUCAAAGUGUCAAAUUAUGGCCGUAUUCAGCGUGCUCUUUAGAAAUAAAUAAAUUAGUUUAAACAUUUAGAAAACAAAAUUAAACUUAAAACAAGUAUAGCAAACAGUGAAUUGAAAUUUAUGAAGAUGGAUAAGCCCGUAGAUAUUUUUCGACCUUUGCCAACAACUGUAACAAAUCAAGUUACAACUUACGAUUCAAGGGAACAAUUCGUAUUAAAAUUUCUCCAGGAAACCUUGCCACCCUCAGAUACCAAAAAGAUUCCUGAUGAAAUGAGAAAGACGUUUCUAUUCAGCAAACACAGAUCAAAAAAUUCGCAAAGAAAACAGAAAAAAGGAUCAUUCUCGGGAAUCAAGAAAAGAAUUCUCUUGAAUCUAAAUAAAAAGAAGGAAAAAGAAUUGCGAUAUAAUGAUAUUUUGCCCUUGUACACAAUGUGGUUGGAUUAUAUGAAAAACUUACUUGGAGUUGAGAACUUUAGUAAAUUGCCCACCAAUCCCUUCGAGAAUAAUUGGGAAUCCGUGAAUCAAAAAAUAAUGAAGGCAGAUUAUCAUGGAGCCAAAAUCUCAGUCAUUAGGUCGAAAUGCCCUAGUUUAGUGGGAAUUCACGGAAUUAUUCUUCAAGAUACGAGAAACACUUUCAGAGUAAUUGGGGAAGAUGAUCGUAUUCGAACUAUUCCGAAGGAGACAACCAAGUUCGAAAUGCAUUUGGGCGAUAUGACAUUAGAAGUUUUUGGAAAGGAACUUUGCAUCCGACCAGCUGAGCGAUCUGUUAGAAAGUUUAAGAAUGCCCAAAUACCUGAUUUGUAGAUAUAAAAAAUAGUGCAUAAAAAAGAGAAUAAAUUGUUAAUAUUUUUAAUAAAGAUUCAUUAUCCAGA